AUGCACUUGCGUCACUUGCUGCUCGUUUCGAGUCUUGGUUUCAAGGCGCACGCAGCUGCUCGCAAUGUCGUCGACUUGAAGUCCAUUCGCCCGAUACCCCAGUCGGUGUUUCUUCCGGAUGGGAAUAUCACUCUCCAGCUGCUACAAGCCCGCGGUGAUGGCGUACGGUGUGGCCCUGGCGUGGGAAAAUGUUUUGACGGCAAAUGCUGCUCAACUGCCGGAUACUGUGGCCUCACCCCCGCUCAUUGCCGCUCCCCGGAUUGUCAACUCGACUUCGGACACUGCGAUGCGCAUGAAGACCCAGCUGGUCCUCCCAUAGAGGAGAUCCCUCGACCUCACGUCGGUACCGUACCGUACGGUCCUCAUGUCAUCCGAGCUUGUGCUACGCCAGGAACUAUUGCUCUAACGUAUGAUGACGGCCCGAAACAAUACACUAGUGAGCUUCUGGAUCUGCUGGACAGAUACGGUGCGAAGGCGACAUUCUUCGUUACCGGGAUUAACAAUGGCAAGGGCCCAAUUGAUAGUCCCGAUGAGCCGUGGGGUGAUUUGAUACAACGCAUGUAUAAGGAUGGGCAUCAAAUUGCAAGUCACACCUGGUCCCAUCAGGAUCUCAGCAAGAUUACGCCCGAACAACGCCGGGAACAAAUUCUGAAAAAUGAGGCGGCUUUGCGCAAUCUUCUGGGCAAGAUCCCAACUUACAUGCGUCCUCCCUACUCGAGCUGUCUGCCUGAAACCGGCUGCCUGUACGAUAUGGGCAACUGGGGGUACCAUAUUAUUCUCUAUGACAUCGAUACACAAGACUACAGCCAUGAUAGUCCUGACGCUAUCCAGUUCUCUAAGGAUCUGUUUGAUAGAGCUUUGGCUCCUUGGAAGGCAUCCGACAAAUCUUGGCUCGUCAUUGCCCACGAUGUACAUAAACAGACCGUUCACAACCUCACAGAACACAUGCUCCGGCGCAUCACAGAUCACGGAUACCGAGCGGUAACAGUGGGGCAGUGCUUGGAGGAUCCGGAGGAGAACUGGUAUCGUGCAGCCGGCGAGCCCCUUAGCAGAGUCCCUGUCAAGAAAUCCUCAAAACAGCCCUCCGCUCUAGACUCGCCCAAGACAAUCUCAAUCGAUGGUUCUUGUGGGCCAAAGUUCACGUGCGCCGGGUCCAGCUUUGGCCCCUGUUGCAGUAACGCCAACUACUGCGGUACCUCCAAUUUUCAUUGCGGGGUUGGCUGCCAACCUGAUGCCGGGAAUUGCUUCGGCUUCGAUGAUCCACCUCACGACAACCCCGAUGGAGACAAGAACCAGCCACCGGUUACCAAACCAGGACCUGGUCACGGUGAUGGAGGCCAUAACCACGAUGAUAUCCCCGGUACCCGACCUAUCAGGAAACCCUCACACUCAGCGGCAAGCACAGUGUCACAGGCCUUCGGUUUCGUGAUGAGCUGGAUGCUGUUGGCCUGCAUCGUCAGCUUGAAGUUUUGA